AUGCCUCCAAGUCAAGAGAACUCUCGAUCUGAGCCGGUUAAGCCGAUUCGACUACGCAAUGAGUACUCACUCCUUACCGACUAUGCGAUCAAAGUGGCAAGAGAUAACAGUCUAAACUCCAUCUCACUUGCUCAGGAGCAGGCGAGAAUGCUGGAGAAGGCGAUGCAAGACUUUGAGAAAAGAAUCAGUGGUACCAGUUGUUCACCUACUCGGGAGUGGUUGGAUCUUCAGAUCCAGACUAUGGAGGAGGAACUUGACAGAUGUCUAAGUAUUGAAGCGGCCCACAAGACCAUGGUAAUUACUAUGGAAGCUUUAAUGGAAAAAUAA